AUGGCAGCAGUAGCAAGUCGACAUCAGGAUCCGUCUGGGUCGUCGUCCGCCUCUGCCUCAGCAUCAGUAUCGAAGCAAGCUACAGUCAGUAGGAAGCGGACCAACGGGUCAAGUUCGAAAGAUGACGCAAAGAUGAUUGGUCAGUGGAGGAUAGGAAGGACAAUAGGUAAAGGUAGUUCAGGACGAGUGAAAAUUGCCAAACAUUCAGUCACUGGCAAAUACGCAGCUAUCAAGAUUGUACCUAAGGGGUUGAUACUAAACUCGAGAAUGUCAAUGUCCGAAGCUGGUGCAAGAGCGGAUAAAGUCUUAUUGGGUAUCGAAAGGGAGAUAGUCAUUAUGAAGUUGAUCGAUCAUCCAAAUGUCCUAAAUCUAUAUGACGUUUGGGAAACUUCUUCCGAAUUAUAUCUUAUAAUGGAAUAUGUUCCCGGAGGAGAAUUAUUCGACUACCUAGUUAAAAGAGGUAGAUUACCGGUUUCAGAAGCCUUACAUUACUUUCAACAGAUCAUACACGCCGUAGAUUAUUGUCAUAGAUUCAACAUCUGUCAUAGAGAUUUGAAACCUGAGAACCUGUUGUUGGAUAAAGACAAGAAUAUCAAAGUGGCUGAUUUCGGUAUGGCAGCAUGGGAAGCUGGUGAGAGAAUGUUGGAAACUAGUUGUGGUUCACCUCAUUAUGCUUCACCUGAGAUUGUUGCUGGGAAAGCAUACCACGGUUCAUCAUCUGAUAUCUGGUCAUGUGGUAUCAUCCUCUUUGCUCUGUUGACUGGAAGAUUACCCUUCGAUGAUGAUAAUAUCAGAUCAUUGUUGCAAAAAGUCAAGAUUGGCGUAUUCGAAAUGCCGGAUGAAAUCAAAGACCCGGCGAGAAACUUAUUAAGUAGGAUGCUAGAGAAAGACCCAGAGGAAAGAAUAACUAUGCCCGAAAUUCUCCAACACCCUUUCUUUGUAUCAAGACCACCUAGACCUAUCCCUGGUCGAGCACUUGUCUCCCCACCCUCUCUCGACGAGGUUGAACGACCAGUCAACUCCCCCGAAGAGAUCGACGCUGACAUCAUGGGUAAUCUCAAGACCCUCUGGUCAGGUGCCACCGACGAAGAGAUCAUCACCGCUUUAAUGAGCAAGGAGAAAACAUGGGAAAAAGCAAUCUACCACUUAUUGAUCAAAUAUCGAAAUCGACAUCUUGAGAACUAUAACAUGGAUGAAGAUGAGGAUGCUGAAGCUCGAGCGAGAAGACAAGCCCGAAAGGCUCAACAGGGCUCACCAGCGAAGAGGAAAGAUGGACCUCCCGCUCCUCAGGUAUCGAACAAACCUAAACUCGCCGUGUUGGGUGAAAAUGAAUCUAUCGAAAAUACACCCGUCGUGAGACCUCAGGCUCCUACACCCAAGAAAGCACUUGGUCAACCUCAUGUUACCGGUUCAGAGGAUUCCCCUGUAGUUUCCAAAAUCAUUAAUGGUAAAUUGACACCUGCCAAAUCACCUGUCGGACCUCGACCACCAAUGUCCAACAGGAAUUCAUCAUCUGAAGCUAGUACCCCUAUGCCUGGUACCCCCACACCUGCGAUAGUCUUACAAGGUGCUACACCAACUAAAGAUAUGCCACCACCAGAUUUCAUCCCUUCUCCACCUGGUUCAGCAUCAAACUCCAAUAGUAGUCGACCAAGAUCAGAAGUUCUUUCUUCAUUACCUGAAACACCCCAAUUACCACCUAUCAAUGCUCCUGUUGUGCCCAAUCAGACAUUGCAGCAUUUCUUCAACGAAGUGGCCGCUCAAUUGAACACUAUGAACAUCCGCUCAUCGGUCGCUUCCGGCUCUUCUACUACUAGUUCAGCAAUCCUCGGUACAGAUUACCAAGCUUACCUUGCUUACGCUGCUGGCGCUACCACCACUCCCACUCCUGGUAAUGGGCCAUCGACCGUAGUGGAGGAAGAAGGUGCCGAGCAAUUUGCCGAUGCCGACGAUGACGAGACUGAAGCGGACGUAGCUUCGAUUCAUUCGACAUUCACCGCAUCGAUUGCGGGACACGGUCAGACUUCCCCCUUGGUAGGGUUGGGUUUGGGUGGUCCACCACCUCCUUCGCAUGGUGGAAGACCGGGUUUGUACCCUACCAACAACGCCAAUACCAAUCGAUGGUCUUAUGCCUCUUCGACUGGAUCUUCCCAUCGGGGAACUUCAAAUGGAUCAUAUGGUGCACCAUUGGAAUCCCCUCAGAUCUACUCUCCUCAGAAUGUAUGGGAAGCUCAAUUACCCCAUCCUCAACAUCCCUCUCAUCCGAUGGUCUCACCUCAGCUACCUGCAGUACCUGUCUUCCAGGCUGAUCGACCUGCUCCUCUCCCUCCUCCACGAGCCAAUCGACCGGCCCCUCCACCCGUCAGCAGAAUCACCGUGCCUCAGAGUCAAGCCAAUACCAAUACUACCGAGUCGCUCUUACCUAGAGAUACUUCGUAUGUGAUCAUCGAUUCAUCCGAUAUGGCUUCCGAUCCCUCGAUAUCAUCAUGGUCAACCAAGUCAUCUGGUUUCAGAGCUCACAGGGGAUCAGAUGGGUUUGGCAUGUUGAAGAAAAAGGUCAAAAACGUCUCCAUCGAUCCUGUCCCCUUUGGUAGUGGGGGCAAUGACCUGUUAGGUCCACCGAGUGCGACUCCAUCGUUCGCCUCGGGAUCAUCAUCCAUCAAUGGGAUUUCUCCAAAGAGAUCAUGGUUCAAUAAUCUAUUCUCAUUCAAGGCUCCCUCGUUUACAUUGUUGGCUCAAGAUAAUAUAUCAUCCACUCGAGAUAGGGUGAGAAGGGUACUCAAUGAACAACAAGUGAGAGUUGCUUUGGUCGAGAUUGAUGGUGUGAGAGGUUUGAAAUGUCGUUUGGACGAUGUAAGAGAUCUUUCUGCCAGUAAUGGGGUACAGAGGGGGAUACGGUUCAAAGUGGAAUUCUCAAGAGCGAAUCAAAGUGCUGGACAGAAUUAUAAUACUUUGGUUACUCUCACUUUGGAGAAAGGUGCUCAAUCGACAUUUAGGAUGUUAUUUGGUAAUUUGAAAUCUCGAAUCGAAACUUCCAACCCACCUAGACCCCAAUCCAUAAUGCUUCGUUCUCCCGUUCAACCCACUUCGGCAACUAUACCCUCUCACCCUCAACCUUUGUUAUCUGCACCUUCUCAUCCUCAUCCUGUUAGUCAUACUUCUUCUGCACCUACCACGCCGAUCGUUCCUUCCUCACCUAGGUUCGGAGAUCAUAGAUCCCACUUACCACCUACUCCUGGUAGUGUACAGAUUCCUUCUUCUAUACGUUUCUGA